CGGGAAGAAGAUGCCAGCCAAGGCACACCGCCUGGCGAGAAGACGCGAUGCCAACAACCUCGGAAAGCAAAUGGCCGCUUCAUCAAGACGAAAGAAAAACCACACCGUCAAGCGCACCGCAAUCCCAACGAAAUCAGUAUCAUCUGAAGACCUUCAGGGCGACACUGCGACAACAAACAGCCUCGAUCACGCAUCCACACUCCCCGUAUCCAAACCCAACACGGCAAGCGAGACCAAUAUCCCAGCACAGCACCCCGGGACUCCCGACCACCUCCCCAAGCCUCCCGACUCUCCUACAUCCAAAGACAGAGCGAACAAAGACCACCGCACUUCCGCUAUAGUAUCCUGGCUGUAGCAUAUACGCACAUACGACCAGACAGAGCAUCUUAUGUACCCGCUCAACCUCACGCUUCCGACCAAGCCUCGCCCUUUUCCCCAGUCAGAACAUGUGCGUUCAGC